AUGAUUAUAGAACAAAUAUUCCAAAGGUCGCCUAAAGUCGCUGGAUGUUCCAUCAGGGACGUUCCUGGAACCAAUUUUGUCGCAAAAGAAACGGUUCCAGAGAGGUUGCCGUUGGACGUUUUAGGAACUAAUGAAAUGGCUCGGUCAGUGACGUACGUCUAUGAAGUGGAAGAUAAAAAUGUGAAAGUGUAA